GAUUGGACACGUUGUAUGACCCUCUCGGUUACACGAUUGAUCUGUCUUCGCAAGCGUGAACGAUCAACGUACAUUGUUCUUAAUAUGUAAAUCAAAUGAGUACGUAAAAACAGUUAGCAGGAGUAGAAACUGCCUGGAAAAGGUGACCCUUCCACGCACGGCACAAUAUAAUACUAAUCUGGCACGUUGCACGUGUGGUAGUCGCGUCAGGACUAUCACUGGCGAUUAAAACAUUUAUUUACGGGAGACAAAAAUGCCGACAGAUAGGUACAGGCAAAAGCAUCCUAAAAAUCGGCAGACGAAGACGUAUUUGGUAUUUGAUGAAGAGAAGAGGAGGGAUUUCUUGACUGGCUUUCAGAAGCGAAAGAAGGAGAGGAAACGAGUCGCUAGGGAGCAGCAGGAGCUGAAGCUCAAGGAGGAGAAGCAGAAACUGCGUCAGGAGACAAGGAAAGCCAGGCAGGCUGGGUGGCGGGAGCUGCAUUUCCCUGAUGAAGACACACCAGCAAGAGACAAACAGCCGAUAGUCUAUGACCAUGCCGAGCACACAGUCACUGUCGAAUCGGUCGGGGGAGUCACAGUAGAAGCCCUGGAUCUGUUGGCAGCACACGGUGGCAUCGGGGAGAACAAGAUGGAAUAUGAAGAUGACGAUGAUGCAAAGGAACCUGCACAGUCUCGACUCAAAGCAUUGGCAGAGUAUGAGGAUGAGGAUGAUGAGAGUGAUGAAGAUGACAAACAAGUCCCCGAGGAGAGAGAAUACAAACAAAAAAAUCCGGCCAAGAAAAAGAGCUCCAAAUUGCAAAAGCUGCAGAGUAAACUCAACCGGAAGAAACUGGGGCACAGAGGCGGCUCUUCAGCUCGACACAAAGGUGGUCUUCACAAGGGAGCAGCAAACACUAGAGGUGUUAAAAGACUCAAGACUCAAGGGAGGCACAGAGGAGGGGGUUAUGGUGCAAAACGGAGAUAAACUAUUCCGAUGUACAGCUGCGAAAUUUUUUAUAGUGACACUCUUGCAGCUAACUCAACUUUCAAGAAGUGAUGACAGUGCUCUUUCUUUGACCAAGCAACCGGGACUUGAUUUCAUGACACUGCUGAGUUCUACUUUUUUGCAAACUGCCAAGUUGUGAUAUUAAAUUGACAGCAAAGGGAUUCAACAGUCCUUAUUCUUUUGUAGGAGUGCAGUUUUGUGGAGAAACUUAUUUCUGUAAUGGCUAUCCAAACACUUCAGUAAACUCACUCCAACCUGGUAUCUGAAAUCCUCCUCUAGGUUUCACAGCAUAUCAAUGGUUUUAGGACUGUCCAGCUCAGCUAAUACUUUACUUGGAGCUUUAAGUCUUGAUGCCCUCAAGGACAAUUUUAGGAAGAUUCCUACUGGUAAAGCAAAUAGAUUUUUGUCAUAACUUUGAAAGUUUGUCAGUCAUAUUUAGUGUACUUGGUUAGUAUUUCUCUUGAAUGUAUGUAUUAACAGCAAUUACCAUCACGGUAUGUUUGCAGCAAACUCAA